AUGGCGAGAUGCUUCCUGGUCGGCAUGUUCGAGAACCGCCAUCGGAACUCGCCGGUGCAAUGGAUAGGCGAUGAAAAAGUUUAUUCAUCGUCUUCUCCAGGAAAUCAGGCCACGGGCGGGCCACCACGAUACAGUGCGAAGCCUCAACAUCUCGUCUCCACAUCGGUGGUUGGAAUCGCCGACUUCAAACUUCACACACCUCAGGUGGCUGAUAGUCUAGGCGUACGGGGUGGAAUUGGGGCAAUUGGUGGCCAGAGGCGUUUGUGGACUGCCUCGUCAGCUCUCCUGAUGGCUUACGCCGAUGUCGAGGAACAGUAG